AGCGAGACAAGACAAAUUAACAACCUUUGCAAACAAAAGAUCUGGGAGACAUAUUGCCGUUAUAAAAAUUUAAACAGAACAUUUAUCCCAUGCGCCAAGUUAUCGAGCAUCGGGAAAGCAGUAGGCCAAUAGAUGAUUAUGGAAUAUAUGAAUGAGAAGUUUUCUAUGAAGAGCCAAGCGGUUAAAGGCAAUGAUUUCUACAUUGGAUCGGGAGGCACGCUGGAUCAAGUUAUGGAAAGCUUAGAGAGUGUACAGUUCUAUAACAAGACCUCACUCAAAUGCGGUCAGGCCUUUAAUCUUCAGAACAAUGAUCACCAAGGACGACUCGAAAGAUCAUCACCUUGUAAGGACCAAAACGCGAACUACGGAGUUCCUAAAUCUGAGGAGGAAAGUCUCCACACAGAUCUAGGAAGGUCAAUGGAGAAUUGCUGCAACCUGAGAGUAUCACCGGCAACUCAGGGCCAGGAGAAACCUGACUUGGACGACAUCAACGAGAAGUGCGACAGCAACGUGUCCAGCAGCAAAAAGAGGCGGCAUAGAACAACAUUUACUAGCAUACAGCUGGAAGAACUCGAAAAGGUUUUCCAGAAAACUCACUAUCCAGAUGUUUACGUGAGGGAACAGCUGGCGAUGAGAACAGAACUCACGGAAGCUAGAGUACAGGUGUGGUUUCAGAACAGAAGAGCUAAAUGGAGAAAAAGAGAGCGUUAUGGCCAGAUUCAACAAGCAAAAAGCCACUUCGCAGCUACCUACGACAUAUCGGUCUUGCCAAGGGCGGACAGUUACUCACAGAUUCAAAACAACUUGUGGACAGGACCAGCCCCGAGUGGUUCUGUGGUUUCUUCAUGCAUGAUACCACGUGACUCUUCUCCCUGCAUGUCCUCAUACCCACAUUCACCCCGGAAUGACCAUGGAUAUGUGGGAUUUCCCAACCAGCAAAACCAAUUUAGCCAUGUUUCUCUAAACAACUUUUUUACUGACUCUUUACUCUCUACGACUCCUAAUGGACAUGCAUUUGAAACAAAACCUGAGUUUGAGAGGAGAUCCUCUAGUAUAGCAGUUCUUCGAAUGAAAGCAAAGGAGCACACAGCUAACAUUUCAUGGGCUAUGUAAGAAAUCAAGCCAAAUGCUUUUCAUUUAUUAUAAUAAUAAUAAUAAUAAUAAUAAUAAUGCUUCAUUUGUUUUAAACAGACAUCAAACACACCAGACAGUAAUUACUUGAGAAAUUACUGUAGUAAAAUGCUAUUAAUGCCAAUUCAAAUAUUUUUUUAAAACCACAUAAUGACAUGAUGUUUCUGAAACAUUGGUGCUCUUUUAAAGCACCACUAUUCCUACUAUUAAGUUAAAUAAAAAUUUGGAGUUUUACCCCUUGUAUCUUGAAAGUAACUAUGUAGACACAACAAUUCAAUAACUCCCUCAACUCAUUAGAUAUUUUGUGCCAUUCAAAGUCAAUGCUGAUGAUUCAAUUACACACAAUUUUCAAUGGUUGGGGUCACCAAGUUUUAAAAACUGGCAUAUUUAAUUACAUCUUUUGUUUGUUUUGCAGCAGAACUCUUUAUUCUUACCUGUCUAUGCC